GUGCCGAAAGGGCGCAAGCUCACCGAGACCCAGUCGAUAUUUCUUUAACCUUCAAUUUAUGUUGUUUACUUCGACGAAAAUUUUCCCAAUUGGAUUUUGUUUGACUCCAUUAUUUGUUGAUUUUAUGUUUAGUUGACAUGCCUUUGGAGAACUCCGUCUGCAGUGAGCAUUCGAGUGGUAUAAAGCCCUUGGCCGGUGAAUGGAAACAAAGAGCGGAAGAAGAAUUAAAUGAGACUCCCGAGGUUUUCAAGCGAGAAUUGGCUGCCCUAAGGCGAAUGGUAGAGAAUGAUAUCAACUUGACAGUGCCUAAUACUGAUGAGUUUUUAACGAGAUUCUUAAGAGCUAGAAAAUGUGACAGUACCAAAGCUUUUCAUAUGCUUCAAAGAUAUUUUUUAAUGAAAAUAAAAUGCCCGGAGCUAUUUCAGUGUCCGUUGCCUUCAGAAUGUGGGACGAUGUUUGAGUUACAAGCUCAAACUAUGCUCUCUUCAAGGGAUCAAUUAGGCAGAAGAGUUUACAUUAUAAGAGUUGACAAUUUCGACUCAACAAAAGUAACUAUAGACGACGUUUUUCGCACAAAUGUUUUGGCUCUGGAACAAGUAGUUCGCGAAGCUGAAACACAAGUAGCAGGUAUAGUUGUAAUUUUAGAUAUGGCUGGCCUAAGCCUUCAACACGCCAAAUUUUUCACGCCUUAUUAUGCUAAGAAAAUGGUAGAGCUUGUGCAAGAGACUUUUCCUCUACGGUUCAAAGGUUUUCAUAUAGUUAACGAGCCUUUUUACUUUGAUGCUGUUGUUGCUGUAUUAAAGCCUUUUUUAAAAGAUAAGAUUAGAAAAAGGAUAAUAUUACACGGCAGUGACUUGUCUUCCCUGCAAGCCUUUAUACCAACUGAAAUUCUUCCAUCUGAAUUUGGUGGAAAAAGUGGUAAUUUUGACAAUAGAGCUUGGUACAUGCAAUUGCUCGCCGAUGAGGAGUAUUUUAAAAAUAUUAGGACUUUUGGAUAUAAAAUUGAUGUUGAUGUUGUGGAAGGGGGUGAGGGCGAAAGCGAGAAAUAAACGUACUAAAUUUACACAUUAUUAGGAAUGAGUUGUUCUGGACGUCCAUCUUAUAAAAUUAAAUUAUUAAAUUCAUUAAUUGUACGCUUAUAGUUUUUUAGUAAAAUACAAGUGCAUUUUAACGAUUUUAAGUAAAACUAACAGUUAGAAUUUAUAUAAAACUAUUUAUUUAUAAGUUUACACUGCAGUGCCGGUUUAACCUAACUUCGGGCCCUGGGCGCUGGAGGUUUAGGGGCCCCCUUCAUUGCUAUUCGUUGUCAGUUUUUUAACAAGAAAACACAUGCAUUAACUACAAUAUAAAGGUUUAUUGUAAAAUCCAUAAAAAUUUUUUUUAAACAAGCAAGAAGAAUAGGAAAACGUAAAAAAUAAUCCAAAAAAUACAUUUAAAAAUAUAAAUAAGAAACAGAAAGUUCCACAAAACAACACAUGACAAGGAAAAAAAAGAUAUAUUCUAAAAAAUACAUAAAGACAAAAAUUAGAUCACUUUUUUUCUUGACUUGGCAUUCGCAAACUGCCAUACAAUAUUAUCACAAUUCAGUUUCUUCAGUUCUUCAUUCUCUAUAUUCAAUAGUGAUAAUGCGUCUAGGUUUUCUUGAUCCAAAUUUGACCUUAAAUAUGUUUUUAUUCUUUUUAAAGCCGAAAAAGACCGCUUGCCUGACGCAUUAGAAAUUGGUAUCGUCAAAUAAAUUUGCAGUAAAGUUAAAAUAUUGGGAACAGUUGCUUUUACAUCCUGGAAGAAACAAAUUUUUCAUACAUUGUAUGAUAUUUAUUUAAAUUUUGGCAUACCGUUACAAAAUGGGUAAUUUCAUUAUGCAAGUUCUCUUCGGUUUCAUCAACAUCGUUUUUAUAUUUCUCGCAUAAAGUAUUAAUUGACGUCUUGACUUCUUCUUUAUCCUAGAUUAAAAUAACAUCUAAAAGCUGAUGUUACAUUCAUUUCGCGAUUCUGAAAAGACUCUAGAUUUUCUGCGACAGCGAUUUUUUUGUCACUGCGACUACAAAUCGCAAGUGGAGUGCUAGAAGCCACUGUAUAAUGCCAAACUGCAAUUUUUGUAAUCGCUUUACUUUUGAAUGUUUGAAAGAGUGUGUAUAAUACCUAUUGUUUGGGUAUUGAUAUUCUCGAGAAUAAUCUAUUCUUUAUUUAUUAAUUAGAUCUAUGUAUAUCUAUUUUUGUCUUUAGUUUAACUAUUUUAAAAUGACUUAUUUUAUUCCUAUUUUAAAAGAACUUAUUUUAAAGCCGAAAAGUGAGAUAAAUUAUUAUUUAAGCCCCACAAUUCAAAAUGAAAUUAUUAGAAACUAAAAAACUCCGUUUGUGCGAUUAUUUUGGAUACAAUUCAAGACAUGGCCAUUGAACCUACACAGUUUUUACUCACUACCUGGGUAAAUUUUAAUCAAUGACAUGGUGAAAUCUGACAACUUUCUGUAGAUUUUGGAAAAGGGGCCCCGCCACAAACAAUGACACGGGGCCCCUGUGGGGCUAGGCUACGGCACUGUGUAUAGGCGUGAAGAGAUGUAACAAUAGAACAAAUCUGUGCUCUGUGCGUAGAGUGAGUUAAGUCCAAAAAUGGUCGAAAUGAGGUAAUGCACUGUCUGUAUGUUAGGAUUUGAUAUCUACAUGGUGUAUAAUUUGUAAAGUCCAAUUCCAUUCCUAAACUGAGAUAUGCAUUUUACACAAAUGAAAAACAGUCAAUACUAACUGUGUAAUGCGUGUUAAGUCCUGAACUUGGACAUAUCACACUUUACACUAAACAUUUUUUAAGAAAUAGGAAGACUCAGUGUGUUAAGUCCCACAAUUUUGAGACUUAACAUACUGUACACUAAUAAGUUAUUGCGUUGACUCUUUGUACGCUGCGCGCCGUUAAAGCUGUUUUGGCUAUUUUACUAAUCAGUGGCAUAUUGAUUAGGUCCUUUCAAACGAGCUUGUAUUUUAAUGGACAACAUAACGAUUUAAAGAUUUUAGUUGGAGUUUUCUUCUGUGAUUAUUUUGUUGGUUUAGUUGAAGGAAUUUAGUUAAAAGUUU